AUCGUAGCACAUGGCGGCCUGCAUGGAUGGGUGUUUGCGUCGUGUUGUCGCGACCUGUGUGAACACAUGUUGAUCAACUUCAGCGUCGCAACAGCCAUUUACAGGCAAUGAAGCGUCCGGCCAAGUCAGCAAAGUCAACGGUGUCGCGGCAGGCCAAGAUGGCGCCGUCCAAAUCGAGAAAGCCUCCGCCAAAACCGCCUUCACCUGAUCCGGAGUCGGAGGAUGACUUCGACGACGAGGAGGACGAAGACCUGGACUAUUCCGAUGGCGACCAGGACAUCUCGCAGUUUAUGGGUGGCCUCGACGAUGAUGACGAUGCCGAACAAAACGCAGAGUCCGGGGCAGGCCAGAAGCGUGCCGUCGACUCCGCGGCUGACUCGCAGGCUUCCAAGAAGCUCAAGAAGUCGGACUUGUACAAGCCACCGACGGCCGAAGAGCUUAACAACCUCAAGGAGGUUGAGACGUUGUUCCAUUCGAACCUGUUUGGCCUGCAGCUGUCGGACAUGCUGAAGGAAAUCACCCCGAAAGAGAAGCACAACCACCACUUUGAUGCCUGGCUCGGCCUCUUCCGAAAGACGCUCACAACUAUUCCUUCCUGGGACCACGCUCGAGACAAACCCGAGACCAUGCUGAAAAAGGUGGCACUUCCGCUGCCGACCGAAUUGCCGCGUGACCCGAAGUGCCGCUUCCGGUUCGUGCCCCCCAGCGCCGUUCAAGUGGUGGGGAGUCACGCCUUCGGCGGGGCCGUCGGUCCGGACGCGGUCGUGGACCUGGCGUUAGAAAUGCCUCUGGAAUGCUUCGAGAAGACGGACUUCCUGAACCAGCGCUACCACGUGAAGCGGGCGCUCUACCUCGCGGUCAUAGCAUCUCGUCUCCGGAAGUCGGAACUGGUUGAAGAGAUGGCAUUCGGCACUCAUCGCGGAGAUGUUGCAGCUCCCGCGCUGCUGCUGAGGCCUUCGGGCCAAGCUGGGAAGCACUUCCGAGUCAGACUGCUUCCUUAUCCGUGCGCGGAGCAGUUCAAGGAAUCCCGGUUCGUUCCGGCACGCAGCAACCUGCGGGCGUCGUGGUUCUUCAAGGACAACUCCAGUGCAGGCAUUUCUGACGAACUGCCAUCGCCGCAGUACAAUGCCUCGGUGUUGGCCGACAUGCGCAUGGUGGCCAACGCGAGGUUUCUCUCCGAGAAGCUGGCGCAGGCUCCUGCCCUGGUCGAUGCCAUCCGCCUGCUGAAGGUGUGGCUGAGGAAACGCCACCUUGACCAGGGUCCCGGAGCCUUCUCAGGUUUUGCGAUGACCCUGUACCUGGUUCACCUGCUGAUGAAGCGUCAGCUGAGCCCGAUGAUGAGCUCGUACCAGGCUGCGCGGUUCGUCCUGCUGACUCUCUCCCGUUCUGACCUCACCAAGGAAGACAUCACGCUGUGCACCGAGCCAGUCGCAAAUCAGCCCUCCCUGGAGGACUUUCACGCCAGCUAUCCGCUGGUUCUCAUCGAUGCUGGUGGCUUCCUCAACAUCUGUGCAUCAGUGAGCACAGAAGCUUAUCUCAGGGUCCGGCACGAGGCUCGUCUGGCAAUCGCUUUCCUUGACUCAUGCUCAGCGGACAGCUUCGAAGUGCUCUUCGUGAGGCCGCUGCCUUUUGAACGCACAUUUGACUGCUUCCUGUUGCUUAGCAAGGAAGACUUGGAGUCCGCAGUUGAGGCUCAGUCUCUCCGCGCAGAGCUGGCAGAUUUCAGUGGCUUGAAAUCGAGGCCAGUUGCAAAAGCCGUGUGUCAGCUCCUGCGCAGGGGAUUUGGCAGCCGAGCCGAUCUGGUGUCAACACGUAUACCUAUGCCAUCAGAGUGGAAGAUCAAUCAGGAGCCUCCGAUCGUGCACGAGUCCCUGGAGAUUGGGUUCCUCCUCGAUGCUGCGCACUGCUACGCCACGGUGGAGCGCGGUCCGGCUGCGGACUCGCCGGAUGCACCCGCGUUCCGACAGCUGUGGGGAGAGCGAUCCGAACUGCGCCGGUUCCCGGACAGCAGCAUUCUGGAAGCGGUCGUCUGGCCGGGAAAGUCUGCCUGCGAGCGUCGCAACAUCGUUCUCAGGAUCGCACGGCACCUUCUGUCAAGGCACGCUGGCAUCGAAUCGUGCACCGUGGUUGGAGAUUUCCUGGAUCCACUGUUGUGCCCUGCAGGCGUCGACUUUUCGUCGUCGCACCCUUACGGCACUGGCGAGGAGCUCGGGGACGAGGUGGUCUCUGUGUACGAUGAGCUGGCGCGCACACUGCGUCGUCUACAUGACCUUCCACUCACCGUGUCGUCUGUCAGGGGCACGUCUCCUACCCUGCGCCUGACCGAGGUCUUCCCGCCGUUGAAGGGGGCCUUGUCUACGGACUUUGGCACGUGCUUUGUCCAGGACAAUGUCUACAUGAUGCCGCUUCCUUUCAAGGCCCACAUCCCACACCUCAUACCUGUCUCAACAGUUGUGGUACACAUGGAAGCCACGGGCAAGUGGCCCGACGACCUGGAGGCCCUGCGCCGCGUGAAGGCCGCAUUCCACCUCACCCUGGCUCGGCUGCUGCGCGACAACGAGCACCUGAUCACAGCUGCACACCCGGAUUACGUCGACGUCUUCAAGGGCGGCUUCGUGUUUCGAGUGCGCAUCGCCGCCCACAAGGAGAUUGGACUGGCACGGCAGAACGUUGCACCGAAUGGGGCCAUCAAAAUUAGGGACACUGAGCUCAGCUCUAAGAUCGAGUUGGAAACCGAGAUCUUGCCUGGCCUCACCAGCACAUUACAUGGUCUCCAGCAACAGCACAGCACUUUCAGUGCUGCCUGUCGACUGGCCAAGCGCUGGGUGGCUUCUCACCUCCUAAGCAACCACGUGUCCGAGGAAUGCAUUGAACUGCUCGCUGCCGCUGUCUACGUCUCCCCCGCACCAUACGUCGUGCCUAACUCGGCGAGGCUAGGCUUUCAGCGAUUCCUGGCCCUCCUUGCAAACCACGACUGGGCGAGGCAGCCACUCAUCAUCAACUUGGCCGACAAGUUCACUAAGGACCAGGUGGCGGAGUUGCACUCUACCUUCGUCAACCAGAGGUCAACGCUGCCCCCGAUGUUCAUCGCCACGCCUCUGGACGGGCGGCAUCCGUCGCUCUGGACGCGGCACUCCCCAACGGGACAAAUAUUGCGACGCCUCACGGCCCUGGCGAGGGAGUCGCUCCGUGUACUGGAGGAGCAAGUCCUGUGUCCCGUCGAAGCCGACGUCAGGCAAAUCUUCCGGCCUCCGCUGGAACCAUACGAUGUGAUCAUCCACCUCGACGUGAAGCGUGUGCCCACCACCCACACGGCCGUGGACUGUGCCUUCAAAGCUGCACUGAGGCCAUUCAAGGGCGAUGUCCUUCCGGUCGUUGGCUUCGACGUUGUGUCGUACUACGUGCGAGCGCUUGAGGAUGCGUACGGAGAACUUGCACUCUUCUUCUACGACCGCUACGGGGGCGACAUAGUGGCCGUCCUGUGGAAGCCGAACGCCUUCGUGCCACAGCCACUGAAGGUCUCCCACAUUGGAGGCUACAUGCUCAAGGGAAAGGACAUGAUGGUGCCCAACGUGGAAGCCAUCUUGGAGGACUUCAGCAUCCUGGGCAAAGGCCUGGUCGAAUCCGUCGAGGCGAGGUCCACCAAGUGGACCAUCUAGGUGAUGCUCUGCGUAGGAACUUAUUAUUUUAAUUAUUGAACAUUGCGCUAUGUAAAUAAAUCACUUCUGCACGACAAA